AAUAAUAAAUAAACAAACAAAAAAAUAAGAAAUGGCAAAAGCUAUCAUUCUCCUCUCCGCUCUUUGCGUCUUGGCUGUCGCCAAUUUCGCCGUCGCCGACUUCGAAAUCUUCGACGUCGAAGGCAAAGUCUUUUGUGAUACAUGCCGUCUCGGUUUCGUCACCUCUCUCAGCAAUACCCUUGAAGGUGCCACUGUGCGUUUGACAUGCAAGGACAUGGAGACACACAACGAGACGUUUACAACUGAAGGCAAAACGGAUUACAUUGGCAAAUACACAUUGACAGUUGAAGGUGACCAUGAAAAUGACAUUUGUGAGGUUACUUUGGUAAACAGUCCAAAAGAUGAUUGCAAAGAAAUUGUUCCAGAUAUGGUUAACAACAGAGUUAUUUGCAGUAAAAAUGUUGGGAUGCACAACGCUGUUCGUUUUGUUAACCCAUUAUUCUUCCAAAAGGACAAACCUAUCAAUGGUUGCAGAGAACUUGUUGAGGAGAUGGAGCUUGUUGAUCUCUUGAUUCUUGAAAAUGACAAAGAAAAGAAUUAA